UAUCGAAGACUCGAUAUCUAUAACUACGUUAGUACCGUGGUGUCAAGGCAAUAUCUUUAUAACGCACUUCGAGCAGCACGGAUAUUAGUCCUUACUUUUAAACUAGCCUCGUUAAUAAAUACUCUAACGAAAGGGUUCCGAGCGAUAGCGAGAUUUACCGAAAAGUUCGGCAAUACCGAUAUAAGGCAAAUACGCAUUUCGAGAAUCGGUGGUUAUCCCGGCUAUCCGAUAACAAAGCUAGACGGCUCUGUGGACUUAAAUCUUAUAUAA